GUGUCAAUUUGAGGGCCCGAGGCGGAGGGUGGCGGUCAAGCGCUGGAGUCCGCGAGUCGGACUGGUGUGCCGCCAGGCGCGGGGCGUGCGGCGAGCAGAGCCGGCAGGAGCGCGCCGGGCAGCUGCCGCCGCCGUCCCGUGCGCAGGCGGCAGGAUGGAGCUGAAUUCCCUGCUGCUGCUGUUGGAGGCGGCCGAGUACCUGGAGCGUAGGGACCGAGAGGCCGAGCACGGCUACGCCUCCGUGCUGCCCUUCGACGGCGACUUCGCCAGGAAGAAAACAAAGACGGCCAGCCUGGUGCGCAAGGCCCCAAACAACAGGUCUUCACACAACGAACUAGAAAAGCACAGACGAGCUAAACUCAGGCUCUACCUGGAACAGCUCAAGCAGCUGGUACCCCUGGGCCCUGACAGCACACGCCACACCACUCUGAGCCUCCUGAAGCGUGCCAAGAUGCACAUCAAGAAACUGGAGGAGCAGGACCGCAGGGCACUAAGCAUCAAGGAGCAGCUGCAGCGGGAGCAUCGCUUCCUCAAGCGACGUCUAGAGCAACUAUCAGUGCAGAGUGUAGAGCGUGUGCGCACAGACAGCACUGGUUCUGCUGUGUCCACGGACGACUCAGAGCAAGAGGUAGAUAUAGAGGGCAUGGAAUUUGGCCCUGGGGAGCUGGACAGUGUUGGCAGCAGCAGUGAUGCCGAUGACCACUACAGCCUACAGAGCAGUGGCUGCAGCGACAGCAGCUAUGGGCACCCUUGCAGGAGGCCUGGCUGCCCUGGCCUUUCGUAGGCUCCAUGCCCUUUGCUUCUUGGCCCACCUGCCUGCCCACCUAGCCAAGUGUCUCAGCCUUCCUGCCUCCCUUAACUGAAGCCAGCCUCGUCAUGAGCCUACUGCUGUGCCAUUCUCGAAGCUCCAGCUGCUGCCUGGUCUGCCCGCCUCUGCCUGCCCACCCUUUGGUCAGGACUCAAACUGCCUGCCCCUUCCCACAGGGCACGAGCCCAAGCAGGGAAGUAGGGUAGGCUCUUACAUCUGGAGCCCAGCAUAGUCGCCCACAAUCUGUUCUCAGAUUCCUAAUCAUUCCAGAAGUAUUAAAUGUCAUUGCUGCAAAUCUCGGCAGGAUCCGUGUAGGGGCCUUAAUGACCACCAUGGGGAGCUUGAACCCCAGCAUCGGAUCCCAGGAGAGAGGAGUGAACUGAGAAGGAAGGAAAGGAAGAAAGAAUGGAAGGCAGGCGGGCGCAACUGUCCAUCCAUUCAUCUGUCCAUCUACCUGUUGGUCCACACAGGCUCCUGAGGUGUGGACAGAGGGAUUUGUGAAGGGCAGGGUUUGGGUGAGCAUUUGGAGUAGGUGGGUGGGAUCCUUUUCCUUGGUGUCAGGAGCCAGGUGGAUGCUCUUGGGGGUCUGGCUGGACCACCUCUUACCAACUUGGGUGGCUUAUGCUCUAUUAGGACCAUCAGAUGUAUACACACAUGCCUAGGCUCACACCCACAAUCACAUACACACAGACACAUGGACAUCAGAGAAUGUAUGUCCUGAGAUAGUUGGCCUGAGGUCACUUGGAAAUGAUGGCCCCCAAGUCUGUGCUUGACUCUCACUCAGGCCCCUGCUCACCUGUGCCAGCCCAAAUGUCUCUGUCUCGUUUGCACGGGAAAUAGAUAGGGCCUUCUUCCUGGCAGGGGACUGGAAUAAGCUGGGCGGCAAGCUGAAACCACUGGGUCCUCCAGACUUUCUCAUCUCCCUUUCUUAAGAAAAGAAAAAAGAAAAAAAAAGUUUGACAGGGAGCUCCCAGAAGGGGCCUCACAAGUCCUGCCCAGGGCAGCCUCAGCUGGCAGAGGCUUUACCCAAAACACAAAACAGAAACAUUUUUAAAAAGAGAAAAAAAGCUCUGAAGACUCGCCAAGGGACAUGAGUGUGUGCCGCCUCUAUUUCCUGUAUGAGAUUUUUGUACUCUAUUUUCCUAGCCAUUAUUGUGUCCUUGUUUGCUGAGGGGUGGGAGCGACCCAGCGUCUCAGGGACCCAUCCUCUGUCAUAUUGUCAUAGUGUGCCUUGUGUCCCCUGUUUCACCCCACCCACUGCCACCAGCAUGUUCCUGUGGCUUAUGGGAUGCACCAGGCCUGCUGGCAGGUGCCCCCCUCACUGCUUUCCCACAGCAGCAGCCUCCUGGGAGGGACAUAUGCAUGCCUGUGUGGCUCCUGUGGCUGAUUUUUGUAUCCUGCAAGGCUAUGACCUGGCCUCCAGUGGUGCCUCCCUGGUAACUGGCAGGGUGGCUGUGCCUGAAAGUUUGUGCCUGCUGGCCUGGGGCCUUUUCUUUGGCCUUGGCAAGGACCUGGAGCGUCAGCCAUGGGCAGCUGACAAACACAGUUCUUCUGGAGGUAGUGCAGACCUGGCCAAGAGGCUUCCGUUGGCCUUUCAGUGCUAGAAAUGCUCUAAGGGACACCACAUAGCAAUAUUUGGGUCGUGGCCAUGUGCUGGCCCACAGCGGUGCCUGCCACCUCCUCUGGUGCAUUCGUAAACAAUUUCUAAACUGUGGGGGAAAAUUCCUUGUUUAUCUUCAGUCAUGCCAGCGAGCAUUCUAGGGUGGGUGGCCUACUGAUAGGCAGAAUGGAGUUCCUGGAAACAGCUCUGGCAUAGAGCCUGCCCCAGGGGUAGUCAAGACGACAGGUGGAGAGCAGGUCUGGGUAGGAAUCCAUGGACUAGAAGGAUAGCCAACAUCUUAGUAAGCUGGUUCCCUGAUGGGUACUCACGAUGACAUGUGGUCAGCAGGCCUGGGUAGGGUCCAUGGACUAGAAGGAUAGCUCACAUCCACAUCUUAGUAAGCUGGUCCUGUCGACAUUUCCAGCCCACUGGGCAUCAGUGUCUACCUAAGCAUGUCUCCUGGGCACUUGUUUUGAGCACGCCCACCCUUAGCACAGAACAGAGCAGAGCUAUGUUUAAAGCUCUUGAUUCAGGGCUCCUGAUGUGCCAUGAAUUCUUAUAUCAUCAACUCCCUUCUCCGUCUCCAGCACCUUAGAGUCUGCUUCCACCCUUGCCAGCAGAGUCCACUCCUGGUGACCAGACUGGCCCCCUUGGCUGAAUUUUAUGGCAGCUCAGCCCUUUGCCUUUUCAGGCUAUGGUUCCUAUGUAGCCUGGGAGUUGGCCUUCUCAGUCAACCAGGGGUGCUAGCCAGCUGCCCCUCCUACUAGCAGACAUGUGAGGGGUGGUCCAUAGGCAUGGGGGCUGGUGCUAAGAGUUAUAUGUCCAUUACUCCUUCUCCUGCUCUCUACCGUUUGCACAGUAUGGCCACUGCUAGUGGUCAUAGGAUUCAGCCAAGGCUAUUGUGUGUCUGCAGAAAGAAAUCUGGACCAAAAUAGCUGCUGCUUAUGUCCUCCACCUGCACCUGACUAUGCGAGCCAUGUGGUACUCUGUAACAGACCUCCAGGCUCAGGCUUGGGUCCCCUUACUGAGAGGUGGUCCAGAUGUACCAGACCAACCAUCCUGUUGCAGGCCCAGCUGGUCUAGCAGGAGAGGAGACAGAGGUUAUGUCUCUUUAUAGGCCCUAGGCCUGCCUCUGCAGUCCUGUCCUGCAGGUGCUUGAGCCUGCCUUCCUAGGCAGAGGGAGUUGUGCACCAAACUGUGGCUGGACAACCCCUACCCUUCUGUGUGCCCAAGCCUUCCCUGCCUCUGUUGGGUCAGUUAGCCUACCACUAACCUCUGUCUGCACAGAGGGUCUUGACCCCAGGCCAGCAAGCAAGUUAGCUCAGGCCUCUAAACUAGGGCACUAGGGCAGGUUCCGUGCCAGAGUAUGUGACUACACAGGGGGCCUGGUGCCAGUGCAGUGGGUGAGUUAUGAGACCUGAGCUGCGAAGUGGAAUGGGACCCCCAUCCCAGCUGUCUAACAGAUGGGGCUGUGCUGUGUCAUUCUGUCAUUGUAAUAUAAAUACAGAUUUUUAUACCUCA